UUUGGGCUAAUGCAAUUCUGCUUUGCUCAUAGAGCAUAGCACCUUCUUUGAUGUGGACACACCAUGCUGGAUGAUCCUGUGCCAGCGUCUCUCAUGUCUCCCAAUCAAUACCUAAAUUCUUCAGAGAGCCCUUGGGAAUGUCCUUGUAUCACGUAUCACUUGUUCUGACCUUUGUGUGAGCAGUUGCCUUGUGUGAGUUCUCUAUAAAAUAAUCUUUUAGGCAAAUGUGCCUUUGGCAUUUGAACAUGGCCAGCCCAUCAUACUCUGCAGUAAAACAAAUGAUAACAGUAUCAUCAUUGUCGUGGAUCAUUACAGCAACAAUGAAGAACUGAGAAGCCGAUAUUAAAUACAUUGCAAGCUACACAAUGGUGAGGGUCAUUGGCCAAGGGAUUACAAGCAUGCUUAGGAUAUUACUGAUGAGAUCCCAGCCGUGCACACUGUGUCCUUCUAAAAAGAUUGAAGCAUCCAAGUAUGAACCUUUCUUAAGGCACUUCACCUGUACUUCGGAUGGCCAAAAGCCCAAUGGGGAGAAUAGCGUGACUGUGGAAAACCUGUGCAGCUUAUCGGUUGACAUCAGGAAAGUCCGAAGAAUAAAAGGAUGGGUGCUUUGCAAGAAGGAAACGUAUGUUAAAGAAAUUGCCGACAUUUUACAAAAAAUAGGCACUAAUGAAACUGCAAUCGCCCACAUCUUGGAACGCUGUCCAGAAGCUGUCCUUUGUAGUCCAACCGAAGUUAACGCCCAGAUAGACCUGUGGCAGUCCGUCUGCCGAAAUAAGAAAGAGUUAGUGACACUAAUAGAACAGUUUCCAGAAUCUUUCUUUACUGUUAAAGACCAGGAGAAUCGAAGGCUUAAUAUUAAAUUUUUUCAAGAAUUGGGACUCAAGAAUGUGAUCAUUAGUAGAUUCUUGACAACUGCACCCAUUAUUUUUUGUAAUUCUAUAGAGAAGAAUAAACAAAUGAUCAAGAUGCUACAGGAAAGUUACUUGAAUUUAGGGGGCUCCCAAGCCAACAUGAAAGUUUGGCUACUAAAAUUGUUGAGUCAAGACCCAUUUAUUUUGUUAAUUUCACCCACUCCCAUAAAGGAAACACUAGAAUUUCUCCAGAAUCGAGGUUUCUCAGACUUUGAAGUUCUCCACCUUCUUUCCAAACUCAAAGGAUUUCUUUUUCAGCUUUCCCCUACUAGUGUACAAGAAAGCAUCUUGUUCUCCAAGAAUGCAUUUCAGUGCACUGAUCAGGACCUGAAGGAGCUGAUUUUAAAGUGCCCUGCGCUCUUGUACUACACUGCUCCGGUUCUAGAGGAGCGGAUUCAAGGUCUAUUGAAAGAAGGGAUUUCUUUAUCUCAAAUAAGAGAGACACCAAUGGUACUUGAAUUAACACCACAAAUUGUGCAAUACAGAAUUAGAAAACUAAAUGCUUUGGGAUAUAGUGUCAAGAAUGGAAAUCUUGACAAUUUAAAUGGAACAAAGAAAGAGUUUGAAUCCAACUUUGGUAAAAUACAAGCAAAGAAAGAAAGACCAUUAUUUAAUCCUGUGGCACCCUUUAAGGUUGAAGAAUAAUAAAGAAAAUUAGGGUAUCUCUGUACAACUGUUCAGGAGAGUAAAAAUGGAAAAUAAUGGUAGUGGUUGGGAAUUUUUUAUCUCGCCAACCAACACACAUUUUGUGGACCUGCCAAGCAUCUGGGUAUGUUACUAUGUUAACUCAGCUCUCAACCAUAUCAUGUGAAUUUUGUGACAAAUUAUGCUUUUGUAAUGAAAUGUAAAUGUAGCUAUAAAACCUUUUGAGCCAAUUUCAAUAAAAGUGAAUACUCGGCCAAUAGC